AUGAUCACUAGGAUACACGCCUACUUGUUGAAGGAGGUGCACCUGGCGGAAAAUAACGGAGAAAAGACAGCUGAGUUCGUGAACAGAAUGUAUGACAAGGCAAGUACUGCUAUAGACGAUGCCUUUGACGGGGCCGAGGCCACAGAUUUGAAGGACGAUGACUCAGCCUUAGGAGGAGAUCCAAACAUCCCUGUUCCCGAAGACAAGCCACCUGGUACCGAACCCGGAGCUGAUAAAGAUAUUGAUGCUGACGCUGGUAAAAGUGGAGCUGACAAUCUCGGAGAAUCGGGAGUGGAUGACCUUGGUAAAAGUGGAGGCGCUGACGAUUUGGGUGGAUCUGGAGCAGAUGAUUUAGGGAAAAGUGGAGGCACGGAUGAUCUGGCUAAAAGCGGAGGAGCUGAUGAUCUUGAAGGAGCUGGAGUGGAUGAUCUUGGGAAAAGUGGGGGAGCUGAUGAUCUCGGAGGAACCGGAGCCGAUGAUCUGGGAAAAAGUGGUGGAGCUGAUGAUCUUGGAGGAAGCGGAGCCGAUGAUUUGGGAAAAAGUGGCGGUGCUGAUGAUUUGGGGAAAAGUGGCGGAGCCGAUGAUUUGGGGAAAAGUGGCGGAGCCGAUGAUUUAGGGAAAAGUGGUGGUACUGAUGAUUUGGGGAAAAGUGGUGGUCCUGAUGAUUUGGGGAAAAGUGGCGGUGCUGAUGAUCUGGGAAAAAGUGGCGGUGCUGAUGAUUUGGGGAAAAGUGGCGGCGGCGCUGAUGAUCUGGGAAAAAGUGGCGGUGCUGAUGAUCUGGGAAAAAGUGAAGCUGACGGUCUCGGAGGAACUGGAGCUGACGAUCUGGGAAAAGGUGGAGCCGAUGAUUUGGGAGGAAGUGGAGCCGAUGAUUUGGGAGGAAGUGGAGCCGAUGAUUUGGGAGGAAGUGGAGCCGAUGAUUUGGGAGGAAGUGGAGCCGAUGAUCUGGGUAAAAGUGGUGCCGAUGAUUUGGGAAAAAGUGGUGUCGAUGAUUUGGGGAAAAGUGGAGCCGAUGAUCUGGGAGGAACUGCUGCCGAUGAUCUGGGGAAGAGUGGAGCUGAUGAUCUGGGGAAGAGUGGAGCUGAUGAUCUGGGGAAGAGUGGGGGAGAUGAAUUAGGAGGAACUGGUGCGGAUGAUCUCGGAGGGUCAGUUUCGGCGGACGUAGUAAAGAGCGAAGGAGCGGAUGGCCUCGGAAAAAGUGGCGAAGCUGAUGAUUUGGGAGCGUCCGGUGCGGAUGAUCUGGGGAAAAGUGGCGCAGAUGAUCCUGGAGGAACUGGUGCUGCUGAUGGGCUUGGCAAAAGUGGCGCAGAUGGCGGUGGUUUAGAAGGCGAUGACGAUAUACAAUGGAGUGUCGGAGGAGAAGAUGCUCCACCUGACCCGGGAAGCACUGAGAUGGAAGAAGGGAUAGCACCUCCACCCAAAGGAUCAAGUGGAGGAGGAGGCCCAGACACGGGCUUUGAUGAGCAUGCCAGAAACGCGCAGGAUGCGCAAGGUAAUCUGCAGCAGCUGAAAAUGCAAAAUGACCAAAUGAAGGGAGAAUCAGGAGCUCCAGAAGGAGGAGAGGACGAUGAAGGAGGCGGAGAAGCGAAAUCUAAAGCAGGCGCUGGAAAUGCUAUGACGGAUAAAUUCCUUGGCUAUGGAUUGGUUGACACAGAUUUCAUUAUCAGCAUGAAUGCGUACUUGAAAGAGAAUGAAGCGGAAAAGCGGCUGCUGAAAGCGCAGGUUAAGCGACUCUGCCAGGAGAACGCUUGGCUGCGUGAACAAGUGGAGAAGGGCGGUCCCGUCGACCCAGAUGGACAGCCGGUGGAUCCCAACGCAGAAGACAAUCAGUCUCAAUUUGGGGAGGGCGAGGAAGGUGGCAAAGGGGCGGAUGACAUUGACAUGGACAUAGACAGGAAGGAACUGGCCGAAGAGGAUGAGCCGGGACCCGACGAGCAGCCAGAAGGCGAGGAUGAUUUCACUGACGACGGCACAGUGCAGGAGGAGGAGGGUGAGCCGGAACAGUACAGUAAUGAUGUGCCGACUAAACUGCGAGUGCUGAACAACAUGGUGAACCAGUAUAUAGAAGAGGGAAGGACGGAGACAUGUGUGCCCCUGUGCAAGAAGGCCUACGCAGACAUAGAGAAAGAGUUGGGGGAGGGACAUCCUGACCUGGCUACAGUUCUCUGCAUCCUAUCAGCUGUAUACAGAGCUCAGAAUAAGUUGGAGGAAGCGAAGGCGAUUUUGGGAGAGGCACUGGAAAUCAGGAAGGAGAAACUGGCCGAGGAGCAUCCUAUGACUGGAGCAGUGCACAACAACCUGGCAGUGGUGAUGAGCAUGACGGGGCAGAACAAGGACGGCAAAGACCACUGUCUCAAGGCCAUCGCCAUCAAAGAGAAGAGCGGGGGAUCCGGCUGCGAGUUUGAUAUAGGCGCCAUGCACAGGAACCUGGCCAGAAUGCAGAGAAAACUGAAAGAUUUGGACGGGGGUAUUGAGUCUCUGAACACGGCCCUCACAAUAUUCCGGAAGAAGCUGAAGGCAGACGACCCCGAAGUGAUCAAGACGAAGAAUGAUCUGGGAGUCUUUCUAACUGAAAAUGAUAAACUGGAAGAAGCGGAAAACGUCUUCUCAAAUGUCAUCAAAAACGCCAUAACAUUCCAAGGAUCAAAGUGAUCCGGAGGAGAUGCCGGAAGAGGAGGGAGUCCACGCACAUGGGGAUCAGAUGUGGCAGAGAGUCGAGCCUAUUCCCAGGUGACCGCAGCGACAUCCCAUAUCUUUCAUCCUUUCUAACUCUUUAGUUUCCCUCAUUUAAAAAAAAGGUGAGUAUAAAUUUCACGGAGAGUCGACCUCGUAUAAUAUCAUUUGACAAAGCUAUGCGAUUAACAAAAAUAGGUUACAAAAACUACAAACGAGUAAUUUUACAGCUAAAUUAAGAAGAUUUUUUGCAGAGAUGACUUGUCAGCAACUUGUAAAAAUCUUGCCAAGGCCUACAAUAAAGAGGGAAAAGGCGACGCUGUGAAAGCGAUGGAUGAUUUUGGGAACAGAGUUGCUAAAAAUCAGUUAGAUAUGGAAGCGAGAAAUGCCCUUAAAGCGUUGCUCCAGUCUGGUGGUAAUGAGGUG